AUGAGAAGUGAUACCCAAGUGGGGAAAACCACACUACAUCCAGAACAGAUCCUGUUGUUUAUUAAACGUUUCGCACCUGUAGAAGACUUAGCUGUGAAUUGGUUAACUGAUGAGUCCAAGCUUGCCAAAACUGAAGCUGAAAGAGAAAGUGUUCCUAAGUUGUUUGAAAGAACUGUAUGUGACUAUCUGUCUGUACCUCUCUGGCUAGAAUAUGCUCAAUUUUCUAUUGGAUGUAUGGGAGUGAAAGAUGGCAUGGAAAAUGCUCGGAGUGUUUUUGAACGGGCAAUUACUGCUGUAGGCCUCCAUGUUACCCAGGGCGCUAUGAUCUGGGAAGCAUACAGGGAGUUUGAGAAUGCCAUUCUUGGUACUCUACAAACUAGUCCAGGGUCACUGAUGAGGAGUGGAAUUCUCCGAAACUAGUCUGGCUCACAGACACACCCCCAAUGAAAGGAUAGACCAUUCCAAGCUUUUACUUGUUGUUAAACAAAUGUUUACACAACUCUAUUUAAUUAUGUACCAGCUGUCUAAUGUCGGCUAACAAUGUGAAGAAUUAAAUUGUAGCGGAAUGCUACAAGUUCUUCAAAUACCUAUAGAAUGAUAGGUUUCUUUUUGUGAGUGUAAAACACUUAUUUACACCAGUUCAAAAAAGUAUAUAGACUUUUGCAAGUGGUUGGGAUUUUUCCAUCCACUGAGUAUAAAUUAAAAUUAUACCACUAAUGUCGCAAAUAUUAUGACACACAAAUACAACAUUCUGUACAACUAGCAGCAAGUACAGAUUGUUAUUGAUUAAAAAUUGGCCUUCAGUUCUUUUAAAAAAGAAAAACCAUUUUCACAAAAUAUUAUUUUAUAAUAUGCUUGACACUUUUUAGUAGCUAGGAACAAUUGAGCUUACUUGUUCUAGUUUCUAAGGUUUUACUCUUAGCAACAUGACAUGUCUACAGUAUAAGAUAAAUAACUGUUGUUGAAAGAAGAGAGAUAAUUGUUGUAUUUUUCUAUAUUAAUGACAAUAAUAACAAUAUGUAGUUCUAUGCCAAACUUAUGGAAAUAUAUAUAUUUGAAAACAUGAAAGAAAGUUUUAAAAGUUGAAAAAAAACUUGUGUAAAAACAUUCAUGGAAAUAAAUCUCCUAAACAGAGUAAUGACUAACAUCUAAUUUCUUAUACACUCUAUCACACCAACAUUUGAAUUAAAUAAAAUAGAACCUGUUGAAAAGUAACAUGUUGUCUUGAUAUAUCUGCUUGUUCUUAUUACUUCUUUCAUGAGCAAAGAAAGUUUCAAACUCACAUCUGAAAAUAAUCAAGAUUUAUUACCCACAAAUUAUGCUACUUUUAGUAUUUAAGUCAACACUUAGAAUGACAAGCAUGUUCAAAAUCAUCUCUAUGCGCUCUGGGGUCGUAUACAAAUACAUUUGUGUUAGCUGUAAAAUAAUUGUUGUUGUUUGAAGUUAAGCACAAAGCUGCUUAUCAUGAGUAUUGAAACCUGGUUUCUAGCUGAGGGCAGCUGUAAAGUUACCUAUAUUGUUAAAAUUACAUAUCACAUGCAAAUAUGCACAUAAGAACACAUGGGAAUUUCAGACAGAAGCGGAUAUAAGCUAACUUAUCCAUCUGAGUCUUGUAGUAAGAAUAACAACCACCCCAUACUUCUAACAAUCUUUAAGAUUGUCGACGCUGGAACAAUAGAUUACAAAUUCUAUUUGAAAAAAUAUUUUAUUAAAAGUUAAUGCUUUUACAGUAUUUAAGGAACAGGUAAAACGUUUCAGUCACUGGUGUGAUCAUUCUCCAGUACAUAAGUUUUAACGUUAAAGAAUGUUUUAGUAUUUAAGUCAACCUUCAACAAUUUAACAAUGUAUUUAAAUUCUAAAAUUGUGGAACUGUCCUUAAGAAUCAAACUGGGCACUGCCCUCUUGUAUCAAAGUAGCAGAUAGAAAAGCAGGAAAGAGGAUUUUUGAUUUUAGGUCAGAUGUAAUAGUAUUGUGUGCUAAGUGGAACGACAAUAGCAUUGUAACUGUUGCCAGUAAGUACUACGAUGUCAGCCCAGUUCAGAAGGUUGAGUAAAGAAAGAAAAGAAGAA